GAAGCCACAAAUCUCCAUUUCUCUAAAGUGAGAGUUCGUAUUCUUGCAAAUUCAGAAAUUGCCGAAAGCCAGGUUAAUGUUCGCAAAAUACCGAAAAAGUCCGGGUUGUUUUCUUGUAAAGUGCCAGGAAUGUCGGAAGUCUGCGAAGUCAAAUUGGUGUUCUUGCAAAGUGUCGGAAGUCUGCGAAUAUUCUUGCAAAGUGCUAAAAAGUUGUUGGUUUCUUGCAAAGAGCUAGUGUUUUUGUAA